AUGCAGUAUCCUCAGCUACCAGUUGCGGCCUUUCUUGCCGCUGCUCUCGUCCUCAUCCCCACACCCUGGCACUGGAGGGCGCGUAAUAUUGCCACCUGUGGCAUUAUAUUCUGGCUUUUUGUCGUCAACUUCAUAUAUGGCGUCAACUCUAUCCUUUGGGCCUCGGAUGUUAUCGACCGCGCACCUAUAUGGUGUGAUAUCUGUACAAAGAUAGUUGUAGGCGCAUCCUUCGCUCUGCCGAUAUGCACAAUGUGCGUGUGCAAGCACCUCGAAAUGGUGUCUUCGAACCGCAAAGUAAAGUUCGACCAUAAUGACAAACGUCGUCGUGUGAUCUUCGAAUCGGUGAUGUGUUUCGUGGUACCGCUUGUGUUCAUGGCCCUCCAUUACAUCGUACAAGGCCACCGAUACGAUAUUUUCCAGUACAUCGGAUGUCAAGCAACCGUCUAUAUCUCUGUUCCUGCCAUCCUGCUUAUCUGGGUCCCUCCCCUCUUCUUCUCCGUCCUCACUCUUAUUUUCGCAUCCCUUGCCCUCCAUCACUUCAUCCGGCGCCGCAUAACCUUCGCCGCCCACCUCCAGAACUCCAACUCGGCGCUCACCCCCAACCGUUACCUCCGCCUCAUCGCCAUGGCCAUCACCGAAAUCAUCUGGGGCACCUCAUUCACCACCCUCAAUCUCUGGAACAACGUCCUCGGCGGCCUCCGCCCCUACACCAACUGGGCGGACGUCCACUCAGGGUUCUCCCGUGUCGCGCUCUUCCCCGCCAUCCUCCUCCCGCCGCGCUUCAUCUCGAUGAUGAUGCUCCUGUGGACGACGAUGCCGGUCUCGGCAUUCAUCUUCUUCGUGUUCUUUGGCUUCGGGGAGGAGGCGAAGAAGGAAUACACGAAAUUGUGGGCGUGGAUACGCAGGAACGUUCUCCGCAGAAAGGACUCCGAGAAAGCGAAGAUGAUACCGCUGUCUGGCUCUAGCCACCAAAAGUUCCCUAAACCGCUCCGCACUCCUCCAGCGUAUACCGCCUCGUCUACGAACUCUUCCUUCCCUCGCACCCCGAUCAAGCGCGAUCCCGAUUCGUUUAGCAUCUCGACUCUAUCUUACUAUGGCGGUGCCAUCGACUCUGCACCAGCGCCUGAACACGAGUCUUCUCGCGUAAUGGUACGAGUAGGCUUGCCUGCCACACCACGACCUAUGUACUCCCUCAACGCCCCCAACGCCAACCCAUCCACCAGAUCAUGUCCAUCAACGUUUCCUCGCUCAAUCGGGUCGACCGAGAGUCUUCCCGCAUGCAUCCAAAUAUCCCCCGCCUCCUCCCCAUCGCACUCUCCCUCUUCUUCGUACGAGAACCUCACCAUCACGACCUCCGACUCCCAUUACGCCACUGCCCCGUCCUCGGGCUCGUUCCUCACUACAAAGCCCAGCACGACGUUCACGCUGCGCUCCAUCCCCUCCGUCGAGCGCAUCUACCUCGUCUCCUCCCCUUCGGGCUCGCGCCCCCAGCGCGUGAGAUCGCUCACGCCCGCGCCGUUCAGCGAUCUGCAGGAGAUCCCGUCGGAGCCUGAGGAAGACGAGAGGUCGUUUUACUCACAGUCGCAGUCACAGUCGCAGUCGACGGUGUCUUCAAGGAGGCCGUCGUUGACUGAGGACGGACACGAUGAUGAGACGGUUCAGUGUGAAGAUCGGCCGCAUGUUGACGUUAUGGGCGCUCUUGGACACUCGAACACGCCGUCAUACUCGCAGCGCGGACUCAUGGAUGCGAUUAGAGUGACCGUGCAUACGGAGACGAGACACGGCGCUUGA